GUGCUGAGCCGCUGGGAGCGGAGGGAUCCUGCAUAGACCUCAGUGCUCUGCUCUUGUGCAUGUGCAAGAGCACAGUGUUCAAGUUGGCUCUUGACAGUUGAAGCACCAGGAGUUGAAGAAGACUGGAUGGAAGAUGAUUGAGGUGUCUGCGAGGGACAGGUUCAGGUAUGUAAAAACCUACCUUACCUUGCCUCUGAUGGCUACUGAACCCGCGGAGGUGAUGUCACUGUUGGGGGUCUUUGCAAAUUAAACAGAGCAGCUAAAAUGGAAAAAAGACUCAAAAACCAAACAUUUACACUCAUUUUAUGAUGGCGAAUGCCUGACCGCUAUAUUUAUAUCCAGUAGGUUAAUUCCUUUGAUUUAUGUACCUCCCACUGGGACCCAACAAGGUCACCAAUCUCUGCUAGCAUUGGAGUCCAUUGUUUGGAGACCGCAAGUCAUCCAGUGACUCCUGGAAAAAAUAACCUAGAAGAAGGUGGAGGUGAUUGAGAGAUCUGGAUCAAGUCUCAGAGAUGGACUACCAGCUGAACAGACCGGAUCAGUGUGAGUUUGAGGAAGUGGCCGUUUACUUCUCCGAGGAGGAGUGGGACUAUUUAAAUUAUGAAGAGAAGGAGCUUUACCGGGAUGUGAUGAUGGAGAAUUACCAGACCCUCAGCUCUCUGGGAAGGAUUCACAUGACGCCUUUGAUUAUAUCAGCGAUUGAGCGAGGGGAAGAGCCGUAUGUCAGGAGCCACCUGCAGGAUAGUCUUUUGAAUACUGGCCCAGGUGGUUCCGAAAGCAGAAGUUAUCCUGAAGGACAGGACAAGAACAAAAGUGCACUAAGCAAUACUCUGAAUAAAUAUUGUAAUAAAAGGACCAAGGAAUUCAUUCCUCAAAAGUCAAACAAUCGCUCAGAACUCUGUACAUCUUCAAGUGAGAUAGUAAACAGAAACCCAAAACAUUUCCCAUGUUCUGAAUGGUGGAAAUGUUUUCACUGUUCAGAAUUUGUUGUCCACACAGGAGAAAUGCCAUUCUCUUCUAUUCCAUGUAACUCCUAUCUUGCAAAACCGAGAAUUCACACAGAAAAGAAAACAUUCUCAUGUCCUGAUUGCGGGAAAUGCUACAGCCAAAACUCAAGUCUUACUAUACAUCGAAGAACUCACUCAGGAGAGAGACCGUACUUAUGUUCUAUGUGUGAGAAAUGUUUUGUCAGUAAAUCAGAACUUGUGAAACAUCAGAGAACUCACACAGGAGAGAAGCCUUUUUCGUGUUCUGAAUGUGGGAAAUGCUUUAGUCAGCGCUCAAACCUUGUUGUGCAUAAGAAAACUCACACAGGUGAAAAAGUUUUCUCAUGUUCUGAAUGUGGAAAAUGUUAUAGCCAGCACUCAAACCUUGUUGUGCAUAAGAGAACUCAUACAGGUGAAAAACCUUUCUUGUGUGCUGAAUGUGGGAAAUGCUUUUUGAGUAAAGCAGAGCUUGUGAAACAUCAGAGAACUCACACAGGAGAGAAGCCUUUCUCGUGUUCUAUGUGUGGGAAAUGUUUUGUCAGUAAAUCAGAUCUUGUGAAACAUCAGAGAACUCAUACAGGAGAGAAGCCUUUCUCAUGUUCUGAAUGUGGGAAAUGUUUUAGUCGGCAUUCGCUUCUUAUGAACCAUAAGAGAACUCACACAGGAGAAAACCCUUUCUCGUGUUCUGAAUGUGGGAAAUGCUUUGUCAGUAAAUCAGAUCUUGUGAAUCAUCAGAGAACUCACACAGGAGAGAAGCCUUUCUCAUGUUCUGAAUGUGGGAAAUGCUUUAGCCAGUGCUCACAUCUUGUAAUGCAUAAUAGAACUCACACAGGAGAAAAGCCUUUCUCUUGUUCUGAAUGUGGGAAAAGGUUUAGCAUUCACUCACAUCUUGUUAGACAUCACAGAACUCACACAGGGGAAAAACCUUUUUUGUGUUCUGAAUGUGGGAAACAUUUUCCCAGUAAAGCUGAGCUUGUGAUACAUCAUAGAACUCACACAGGAGAGAAAACGUUCUCAUGUUCUGAAUGUGGGAAAUGCUUUAGCCAGCAUUCGGUUCUUGUGAGACAUCUGAGAACUCACACAGGUGAAAAACCUUUCUCAUGUUAUGAAUGUGGGAGAUGUUUUAGCCAAAAUUCAGUUCUUGCGAGCCAUUUGAGAACUCACACUGCACAAAAAACAUUCACAGAGGAAAAGCCUUUCUCAUGUUCUGAAUGUGGGAAAAGUUAUCCCAGUAAAUCCAAGCUUGUGAAACAUCAGAAAAGUCACACAGGAGAAAAAUCUUUUUCAUGUUCUUAAUGUGGGGAAUAUGUUAGCCAGCAUGCACAUUUUGUUAGCCAUCAGAGAACUCUCAUUAAAGAGAAGCAUUGUGUUCUGAAUAUAGGGAAUGGUAUAGUCAACUCCAAGGUUUUAUGAAGCAGCAAUGGAAUAACAUGAGAAGAUCUGUAUUGUGACUGUGAAACAUACUAAAACUGUGAUUCAAAUUUUGUUUACUACCCAUCAUUUCACUAAAGCAAAGCUUUUUCAUG